AUGUCGGUCGUCACUCACGCUAUUGCUCCUGAUGGGGAUCUCUAUAUCGUCCUCAAGAAGCCUGACUCUAAGAACACUAUUCCAAAAGUCAAACGUCGCAUGUAUGGUACCGUUCCACCCAGGUUUAUUCAAGAUAUAGUUGAUAGGGAAUACCCAAAGUGGUACUCGCCAGCCAUUAACACGCAUAGAUACGGACGCAAAGAGGCUGUUCAACAUCGGUUUCUAGUAUCGUCGCAAACCUUGACUACUGUCUCUCCCGUGUUCAAGAGGAUGCUUGGAGGCUCCUGGAAAGAGUCGGCACCAGCUGUGGCAACAUCCCCUUCAAGCUCAACCGCCAUCCGUGAGGUUUCAACAGAUGGUUGGAAUCCACAUGCCCUAAUCACAGUUCUCAACAUCAUCCAUGGCCGCCACAACGACGUUCCGCAAAAAGUCAGCGUCGAGUUUUUCGUCAAAGUUGCCGUUAUCGUUAACUACUACCAAUGCACUGAAGCUGUUCACUUGCCACAAAUCUAUGGAGAUCGAGACUCGGGUGGCACAACACUCCCAAAGAUUACAGCAAAGAAUGCAUCAUGUACCUGUGCUUAG